AUGGCACCCAAAAAAGGUGAUCAGCCUAAAAAGGCAAAGCCCACGGUGGAAGACAAGAUAGCCCAGCUUCAGGCGCAGGCCGCUUCGAACAAAUCUGCAGAUGAUAAACGAAAAGCCAUGGAGAAGGAAAGACGUGAAAAGGAAAAAGCAGCCGCUGAGCAAGCCAAACGCGAAGUUGCGGAACUUUUCAAGCCAGUUCAGGUCCAGAAGGUCCCUUUUGGCGUCGAUCCCAAGACCGUACUAUGUGUUUUCUUUAAGAAAGGCAAUUGUGAGAAGGGUCGUAAAUGCAAGUUCAGCCAUGACCUGUCGGUCGAGCGCAAAGCAGAGAAGAAAAAUAUAUAUCAGGACACUCGAGAGGAACAGGAUCCUAAAAAUGCUGAUACGAUGGAUAAUUGGGAUGAGCAGAAACUCAGGGACGUCGUACUGAGCAAACAUGGGAACCCCAGAACAACUACAGAUAAAGUAUGCAAGUACUUUAUUGAAGCGGUUGAAAAUCAGAAGUAUGGUUGGUUCUGGACCUGCCCAAAUGGAGGAGACAAGUGCAUGUAUAAACACAGUCUGCCACCAGGUUUCGUAUUGAAAACCAAGGAACAGAGGGCAGCAGAAAAAGCUCUUAUGGAUAAAUCUCCUCUUAAAACUCUCACACUCGAGGAAUUUUUGGAGACUGAACGACACAAGCUCACUGGCAAGCUUACCCCCGUCACCGAGGAGUCAUUCGCUAAGUGGAAAAAAGAACGACUAGACAAGAAAGCUGCAGAAGACGAAGCUCGUAAGGCAAAGGAAGCCACUGGGCGUGCCAUGUUUGAGAGUGGAGAAUGGAGGAAUCAAGAAAGUGAAGCAGAAUCUAGCGACGAAGAUGACGAUAAUGCUGAAGAUGACGAUGCUUGGAAUCUAGAAAGCAUGAGAAAAGAGACGGAAGCUCUAAGAGAUAGAUAUGAGCAGGAGAGGGUUGCGAAACUGCAAGGCUCAGGUGAUAUACCUGAAGAUACCGCAGGUUCGAGCAGGGAACCAUCCGCAACCGUCGAGGGAGAGGGUUGA